CCCACACCCUCCUCUCUCCCUGCACUGUCCCGCUACUCUCCCCCUCUCUCUUUUCCUGCCGAGGAGCGUCACGCAGUUGUCCAGUGCGUCUCCUCAGCAAAGUCCGCACCGACUCCAGCAAAACGCACCACGGGGAGUAUCAUUUAAUAAGGAAUAAAAGCAGCAGAGGGAGGAGGAGCAGGAGGCGGAGGACAUCCAACAGACACCGUGAGAGCUGUCCAGGGAAGAGGGGUCUCCCCAAAACCUGAGCCAUGAGUCGCAGCAUCGUGCGGCAGAGCAAGUUUCGCCACGUCUUUGGCCAGAACGUCAAGGCGGAGCAGGGUUACGAUGACAUCCGGGUCUCCAAGGUGACGUGGGACAGCUCCUUCUGCGCCGUCAACCCAAAGUUCCUGGCGGUGAUCGUUGAGUCCAGCGGCGGAGGAGCGUUCCUGGUCCUGCCCAUCUCUAAGACAGGUCGUGUGGACAAAAACUACCCGCUGGUGGUCGGCCACUCCGGGCCGGUCCUCGAUAUCGACUGGUGUCCUCAUGACGACAACAUCCUGGCCAGCUGCUCAGAGGACUGUACCGCAAUGGUGUGGCAGAUCCCAGAUCACAUACUGACCCGCCCCGUCACCGACCCCAUCGUGGUCCUGGAGGGACACUCCAAACGUGUCGGCAUCGUCACCUGGCACCCCACCGCACGCAACAUACUACUCACUGCGGGCAGUGAUAACCUGGUCAUCAUCUGGAACGUGGGCACAGGUGAGCCCCUCAUCUCCAUGGACGACCAUCCAGACCUCAUCUACAGCAUCAGCUGGAACCGAAACGGCAGCUUGUUUUGCACCACCUGUAAGGACCGACGCCUGCGUGUGUGUGACCCCCGCAAGAGGGAGGUGGUUGCGGAACGUCUGGCUCCACAUGAGGGGAUCCGGCCAAUGAGAGCGAUCUUCACCCGAGACGGAAACAUCUUCACCACAGGGUUCACCAGGAUGAGCCAGAGAGAGCUCGGACUCUGGGACCCCACGAACUUCGAGGAACCCAUUGCGCUCUUGGAGCUGGACACCAGUAAUGGAGUGUUGUUACCAUAUUAUGAUGCAGACGCAAACAUGGUCUACCUCUGUGGAAAGGGGGACAGCAGCAUCCGUUACUUUGAGAUCACAGAUGAGCCGCCGUACGUCCACUACCUCAGCACCUUCAGCAGUAAGGAGCCCCAGAGAGGGAUGGGCUUCAUGCCCAAGAGAGGCGUGGACGUCAGCAAAUGUGAGAUCGCGAGGUUAUUCAAGCUCCUUGACAAGAAGUGUGAGCCCAUCACAAUGACAGUGCCCAGAAAAUCGGACCUCUUCCAGGACGACCUGUACCCGGACACAGCGGGUCCUGAGCCCGCCAUGGAGCCCGAGGAGUGGCUGGACGGCCGCGACGAAGAUCCAAUUCUGGUGUCCAUGAGGGACGGCUAUGUGCCGCCAAAGAGCCGAGAGCUCAAAGUGGCGAAGAAGAACGUGCUGGACUCCAGACCCACCACCCGACGCAGCAUGUCCACUUUGGAAACCAACAGUCUGCCGCCUCAGUUGCUGGAGAGGUUGUUGGAGGAGAUUCAGAAUCUGAAGGCCACAGUUUUGUCUCAGGAGAAGAGAAUCUGUGACUUGGAGAAUAAGCUUUCCCAGUACACCAAUGGCACUGACUGACGCGUGAAAACACACCUUCUGGAGGACUGGUCAGAAUUUCAGCAUCACGUCGAUUAUAGAAACACGUUUCCCUUACAUACACAAGGAACCACUUUCUUUAAUUGUAUGGCAAACACAUUUGAAUAUUUCCCCAGCUUUACUUUGAUUUGUACAGAGCGAGAAGAGUGCAGAAGUAGAAUGAGGGUGCUGUAGGUAAGACGGACUUGUGGGCUGAGGAAAGUCAACACUGUUAUCACCUUUUUGAUAAACCUGCGAGAAAUGGACAAGAAUUAAACGCCGGAAACAGACUUUUGACCUGGAGCGGUUUGCAAACGACAUAGUAAGAAUUGUACUUGAACUUCUACUAAACACACGCGACAUGAUUUAAAGAAACACAACAUCACAUGUAUUUGACCCGCUGCAUCAGACGAUCACUGACCAGUUUAUUCAAAUAAGUCCCUCAGAAAACUUUUCAAAAUGUAAAUAGUGAUAAAGGUGACAGGAGGAGAAAUUGUGAACUUGUAGCAAAAUGUGAAAAGCAAAACGUUUUGUGCUCUGUAAAGGAUUAUACAUUAGACACAUUAAACCAACAAUAAAAACAGUGUUUUUUAAAAAAAAAUGCCUGCAUCUUUCAUUCAAUCUUUAUUUACUCUCAGAAAAUGUUUCUACGUAAAGGUACAGUACAUCAAUUAAUGCAAGUAUUUUCUUCAUGUUGAGUUGAUAUGAAUAUAUUUCAUAAACUUUGUCUGCUUACGUUACAUUCAUGCAAAACAUUUGUGUUGCUGGGCAGGGAUCAGUAGCAGAGUUCUCGAAAAGUCUUUCUCAUAAACACACCUGCCGACAUCAGGUUGUAGAAAAGAGGGAGAUUUUCUAGGAUAUCGCAAAUGGCUUCAACCCUCAACACCGCUGCCCCUCUUAUACGCCCUCGUCACAGCCGUCAUCACCGAGCAAAAGUCAACAUCUAAAUCUGUCACAAAAAUAUUUAAGUGCAAACAGUGGAAGCAAGAGGACGGAAGCCGAGAUCGGCCAUGGAUUUAUCUUCUUUUCUUAUGCACUCUUAUCUCGUGAUAACGACUUAUCAUCUCUUCAUCUCGAUAUAACAAAGGUUGUUUCCCUGUUAUACAGACUUAUUAUCUCUUUAUCUCGAUAUAACAAAGGUUGUUUCCUUGUUAUACAGACUUAUUAUCUCUUUAUCUCGAUAUAACAAAGGUUGUUUUCUCAUCAUAACAAAUUGAUUAAUAACGUGUUCGUCUUGAUUUCAACCCACAAUAGCUG